UCCUGCUCACCCUGUCGCUGUCCGCCAUCGUGGGCGUCAUGUGCUCGCUGUACGACGUGCGGGAGGUGAGCUGACUCCUGUCUGCUGCUCGGGGCCGUGCCCUACAACUACCUGUUCCUGUUGCUGCUCACCCUGUCGCUGUCCGCCAUCGUGGGCGUCAUGUGCUCGCUGUACGACGUGCGGGAGGUGAGCUGACUCCUGUCUGCUGCUCGGGGCCGUGCCCUACAACUACCUGUUCCUGUUGCUGCUCACCCUGUCGCUGUCCGCCAUCGUGGGCGUCAUGUGCUCGCUGUACGACGUGCGGGAGGUGAGCUGACUCCUGUCUGCUGCUCGGGGCCGUGCCCUACAACUACCUGUUCCUGUUGCUGCUCACCCUGUCGCUGUCCGCCAUCGUGGGCGUCAUGUGCUCGCUGUACGACGUGCGGGAGGUGAGCUGACUCCUGUCUGCUGCUCGGGGCCGUGCCCUACAACUACCUGUUCCUGUUGCUGCUCACCCUGUCGCUGUCCGCCAUCGUGGGCGUCAUGUGCUCGCUGUACGACGUGCGGGAGGUGAGCUGACUCCUGUCUGCUGCUCGGGGCCGUGCCCUACAACUACCUGUUCCUGUUGCUGCUCACCCUGUCGCUGUCCGCCAUCGUGGGCGUCAUGUGCUCGCUGUACGACGUGCGGGAGGUGAGCUGACUCCUGUCUGCUGCUCGGGGCCGUGCCCUACAACUACCUGUUCCUGUUGCUGCUCACCCUGUCGCUGUCCGCCAUCGUGGGCGUCAUGUGCUCGCUGUACGACGUGCGGGAGGUGAGCUGACUCCUGUCUGCUGCUCGGGGCCGUGCCCUACAACUACCUGUUCCUGUUGCUGCUCACCCUGUCGCUGUCCGCCAUCGUGGGCGUCAUGUGCUCGCUGUACGACGUGCGGGAGGUGCUGAUCGCGGGCGGCAUCACGUUCGUGAUCGUGCUGUCGCUGACGAUCUUCGCGUUCCAGACCAAGAUCGACUUCACCGUCAUGAGCGGCUCCCUCCUCGUACUGUGCCUCGUGCUUCUGCUGUUCGGCAUCCUGGCGGCCGUGACGCCGUACCCCGGCCUGCACCAGCUGUACUGCGCGCUGGGCGUGCUGGUGAUGGGCGUGUUCCUGGUGUACGACACGCAGCUCAUCGUGGGCGGCGGCCACCGCUACGCCUUCUCGCCCGAGGAGUACGUGUUCGCGGCGCUCGCGCUCUACCUCGACAUCAUGUACAUCUUCAUCCGCGUGCUGCGCCUGCUGCGCUAGGCGGCGCCUGCUACAGGGUGGGUAGACCCUACGAGCACCUCCUGCCAUAUUCAAUGUUCGCUCACUCACGUAUUUGUACUUGUACUGUUGCCGUAUUUAAAAAUCAGUUUCCUGCCCUUCCUUCCUUGGGUGAAAAAUAAAAGUACCGGUUAUUGAUCGUUGUCGGUGAUUGGUGCCCCUACGUUGCGUACGUCACUCAGACGCAGUCAGAAAGAAAGAGCUUCGCUCCGCGUAAUCUGCUCUACCGACCUCCUGUAAACGCAGCACGUGUACCCCGCAAGAGUAAGAAGCGACAAGAGAGCUUGUAGACGGUUGUACCUGAUAUUGACGGUCUUCCUAUCAUUGAACUUACAUACGACUUACUCGAAAUUAUGUCCCAUAGCUCCUAUAUCAGCGGAUUAUGUCCCAUAGCUCCUAUAUCAGCGGAUUAUGUCCCAUAGCUCCUAUAUCAGCGGAUUAUGUCCCAUAGCUCCUAUAUCAGCGGAUUAUGUCCCAUAGCUCCUAUAUCAGCGGAUUAUGUCCCAUAGCUCCUAUAUCAGCGGAUUAUGUCCCAUAGCUCCUAUAUCAGCGGAUUAUGUCCCAUAGCUCCUAUAUCAGCGGAUUAUGUCCCAUAGCUCCUAUAUCAGCGGAUUAUGUCCCAUAGCUCCUAUAUCAGCGGAUUAUGUCUCAUAGCUCCUAUAUCAGCGGAUUAUGUGUCAUAGCUCCUAUAUCAGCGGAUUAUGUCUCAUAGCUCCUAUAUCAGCGGAUUAUGUCCCAUAGCUCCUAUAUCAGCGGAUUAUGUCCCAUAGCUCCUAUAUCAGCGGAUUAUGUCUCAUAGCUCCUAUAUCAGCGGAUUAUGUGUCAUAGCUCCUAUAUCAGCGGAUUAUGUCUCAUAGCUCCUAUAUCAGCGGAUUAUGUGUCAUAGCUCCUAUAUCAGCGGAUUAUGUCUCAUAGCUCCUAUAUCAGCGGAUUAUGUCCCAUAGCUCCUAUAUCAGCGGAUUAUGUCCCAUAGCUCCUAUAUCAGCGAAUUAAGAUCUAUUAGACAUACUUUUGAGUACGUAAGAUGUGUGCGCCAUAUGUUCGCAGUCGACUGUACGUCUAGUCAGUACAGUCACCUGCACGAGGAAGUGAGCAAACAUGUGUAGCACGCUCUUAUGACUCGACAGAUUUGAUCAAAUUCCAUAUUUUUGUACAUUUGAACACGACGAAAGUUGGAAGCUCAAUGGACACGGACAGGGAACUCGUAACUCUGAUAAUCAUUGUAGUCUAGUCCAUCAUAAGGCAACCUAUUGGAAGCCAAGCCGAGCGUAAUGUCGUUCACCGCUCCUUUUAUAUAAUGUUAGUUUAAGAAGUUCAAGUUUUGGUGAUCACUUUGAAGUUAUGUAUGUUUAUGUUUAGAUUUUUUCUUAUGUUUAUACAUGUCUAUGAAAGAUGACUUAAUAUUUUGAUUCCUAUAAUUAAUAAUUCUCGUAAUUGAUGGAAUCGUUUUUGCGUAAUUCUCCUCGUCAGUGAAUGGAUUCAAGUUCUGAAUACUUAUAUAUUAUAGAACUACGUAUAAUAUCGGGCCGAACAGUACCGCCGAGUUCAGAAACAUCUUCGCGAGCCAACGUCCCAUAAAUAUAUUGACACGAGCUUGUUGUGAGUAUCUUAGAGGCCGGUAAAUAUAUUUUUGGAACAUUGGCUUGUUAACAUGUUUCUGAAAUUUAUAAAUUUAGCGCGAGCCAUUAAUUGAAUAUUUUUAUAGUUAUAAGUCCUUAAAUGAAAAAAAAAAACAUUAAUAAUGCUAAAAAAUUUGAACACAUAUGUAACAUGUUUAGAUUUAAGUGGAAUAAAAAAAAAAUAGACUAACACUCAUUUACAGGCUAAAGCGCGCGGUUUUACGCAAAAGACGAAGCGGUAUACGCAUGCGAUCACGAAAUGUAGCGAAAUUGACAAUUAGCUUACCUCUGCGGUUACCGCGUAAAACAAUAAUUAGUGGGAAUAACCCGACAUGUGGGUAACUCACGGGCGCGGCGCACCCUGUCGUCGCCGGUGCGUUGGUGCUGUUUAAAAAUAAUCUCUAUUUUGAGGUGCCCAUUGAUUUUUCGGCAAAAAAUACGCCGAUUCUUGAUUCUCCGACAACGAUUCGCAAACGGGUUCUUUGGCCGAGUAACGAUUGCCAGAAUGUCAUUACGCAUAAUAGUCGUUUGCACGAGUAGUCAAUACGCAAAACAUUGAUACGCUUAUUUACUUUUCGUAGAAUAAUCAUUUAGUAACUCUCACAAUUACCUGAGAAACUUUUGGUCGAAACACAAUAGGUCGAAUAAUCAUUUGGCAUUAAUAUUGAUUAGCAAAACUUCCCUCUUAUUUAUGGCUAGACUAGGACAUGAGUAACCUACACAACAACUUUUAGUUGGAGUCGGAUAAACAUGGUUUUGAUACAUUUCAUUAUAUACUUAUUUUCACUAGCACAAAUGACCAUAAAAUCUUAUGCCUUGAAACGAGCAAUUCUUGUAUAUAUAUUUAUACAUUUCGGGGAUCUCGGAUUUGCUAUAUGGGGGUUUUCGGGGGGCGAAAAAUCGAUCUAGCUAGGUCGUAUCUCUGGAAAAACAGGCAUAUUUGAGUUUUAUACAUUUUUCGAGCAAGGCACGGACUCCCAGAUAUUAAAACCCUAUAUUGCAAAGUACGAUGGCUCAUACAGGUAACUGUCCAUCAGUGGACCUUAUUACAAAAGGCAUAAGGUCAACCGGUGGACAGUUAUGAGUGUUACUGUUUGUACAAUACCUUUGCUUUUGUUCAUAUUUAAGUAAAAAAUUGAUUCAAACCUAAACUGAGCUUAACGCAUAUACUUAAAAAAGGAUAAUAUUUCAUUUCAUCAUUUUUGAAGUCGGUUUCCUUUUUUUUAAAUAUAUUUCUAAAAUAACGAUGUGUACAAUGUGAAACGUUAAUCGACUAAACAUUCCUUAAACGAAAAGAUUACUCUGCCAAAUAAAAAUCGUCCAAUAAUAGUUCUGCUAAUUUACACAGAAGCGAACUGAACUGUGUGUGAACCAAGAGCCUGCGUAACGUUAAUCGACCAAAGUUACUUCUACAAAUGAAUCACUCUGCGAAACGAUAUUCGGCGAAUCGUUGUCUGCGAAUCGAUAAUCUGCGAAUUAAUUUUCGGAGAAUCAUUAGGUACCCCUAUUUUGAUAUGUGCACUUAUGUUUGCAUGAAAACGCAUUUAAUAUAAUUAUUAAUUAUGUUUAAAAAUUGCUUUUAAGUUGUUUAUGGUUCUUUUAUUUUGUGUAUUUUCUUAGACAAGAUGGAAAUAGAAAACUUUUUCAACGUUCUAUAUGGUAUAAAGUUAUCUGUGGGAAAGAAGUUUAGGUAUAUUUGGUUAGAUACGUACUAGUGAUUAUACGCUCUUUGGUACCUACUAUAUAAUUGUAACUGGAGAUUGCAUUCGUGCGAAUACUCCUCAAACAGACGGAGGCAUCUGUCCGGAGAAGACGUGGCCGUACAUUCAUAAGUCUUUGUUUUGUAAUGGACGUAUGGUAUUUGUAUCCAAUGUUUAAAAUAUACAGACACCAUUUUUUGUAUACAAA